AUGUUGUUGUCAGACCAAUAACAAAACUUAUCACGGUGUGUAACCUAUUGAAAUAUUACUAUACUUUGUUAGGGUUAGGUUUAGGAAACCAAAUUUGUUUUCAAGUGCCAUGGCCUCUUCCUAGUUCACUGAUGUAUUCGUCACUGUUUGCUGCCUAAGGUCAAACUUUGCGGCUUUCAGCUAUCUAUUCAAACCCAGUGAAGUUAAAACUUCCAGAAGCAUAAGCGGGCUGACUGAAUGCAUGCGUUGCAACGUGUUGCUACUGUUCUUGCUCUCUGCUUGUGAUGCCUUCCCAUUUGUUGCCUUAGUGCCAUUCUCAGUAGCGCUAACAGGAGUAUUGUAUAAAGAACGUAUCAGUUGUUUGUUUUAUGAAUGUUGUUCCGGAGCUGUAUCAUUUAACAAAACAGGUUUAGAGCGGUCUCUGAGGCAUGAGUUACAUGGCCAACAUAUUGCGGCAGAACGUGUAUACCAUCAUAUUCUGGAUUACAUGAAUGACGGAAUGCCACAAAAACCCCUCGCGUUAUCAUUCCAUGGCUACACAGGUGUUGGGAAAAAUUUCGUUUCCAAUAUUGUCGUAAACAAUAUCUUGCGAUUAGGCACACGCAGCCGAUUUUAUCACUUCUAUGACACAACUAUACAUUUCAAACACGCGAGUCAAAUUUCAGAAUAUAAGGAACGUCUUUAUCGGGAGUUGCAUGCAGCUGUUUCAGAAUGCCCCACAUCAAUAUUUGUUUUUGACGAAAUGCAUAACAUGCCCCACGGGAUACUGGAUGUAUUAGCACCUUUAUUAGAGAUUCGUGAAUCAGUGGAAGGUGUUGAUUUCAGAAGAUCUGUAUUUCUAUUUCUAAGUAAUGCUGGUGGCAAUUAUAUCAAUCGGCGUACCUAUGAACAUUUAGUUAGUGGAAAGAAACGAGAAGAUCUGCGUUAUACGGAUAUCGAUCGUGUUUUGGCCAAAUCAGCAUUUAAUAAUGAAGGUGGACUUCAAUACUCUGAAUUGAUUACAAAACAUCUUAUCACAGCUGUUGUACCAUUCUUGCCUUUACAACCCACUCAUGUAAGAGAUUGUAUAAAGGAUGUUGCCAAAAAGCGUAAUGUAACAUUUUCUGAAGAUAUGGUACAAUUCGUCUUGGAUGAACUUGAAUGGGCUCCAGAGGGGAGUAAAUUUUUCUCUGUUUCUGGUUGUAAGAGAGUAUAUGAAAAAGUUGGAUUUUACAUACAACAGCUUUAAAAUUUUAUUGUCACUAAAUUAUCAUUACUAUUAUUACUCUUAUUAUUAUGAUUAUCUUUGUCCUUCUGCUUUAUAUUUUCUUUUAGAUUACUUUGUGUACAUAGUGGUGUGUUUCUCAUCUGUUUCUUGUACUAUUUUUCUACUGUGCUAUUUUUUUUUAAUUUUGGACGUCAAUUUAUCCACUUUUCAGAUGACUUAUACAUAUUUUGAGAUGUCUUCAUUUUAUAAUUGUAUUGUGUAUUACUUUGAACUGACAUUGUGAUUAAAAUGUUUACUGGUGAGAAUCUUUGUUCUUUAUGUUAUUGAAUAUAAGUCGAAUCAUAUGCUCAGUUAACUUCAGAACC